AUGUCUCUUAGUCAUGAGUUUGAGAGACCUCUCUCCCCCAAAGCUGUCAAAGGAUUUGAAACUACUCCACUUACCAAGAACUAUUAUACUGUGGUGUUACAGAACAUUCUGGACACUGAAAAGGAUUAUGCUAAAGAACUUCAGUCUCUACUUGUCACUUACUUAAGACCCCUGCAGUCCAAUAACAAUCUGAGUACUGUGGAAUUUACAUCUUUACUGGGGAACUUCGAGGAAGUAUGCUCAUUUCAACAGACGCUCUGCCAAGCCUUGGAAGAAUGUUCCAAGUUUCCGGAAAAUCAACACAAAGUAGGAGGUUGCCUACUGAACCUCAUGCCUCAUUUUAAAUCUAUGUACCUGGCUUACUGUGCAAAUCAUCCUUCAGCUGUCAAUGUGCUCACACAACACAGGUAAGUUGUACCAUUUCCCCAGAUAGGCUGUUCCACAGUGAGAUCCUUUCCGAGGACCGCUUCAU